GGUUUUUUCUCCUUUGUUUAUCCUUCUUGUAUCUACUCACAGGUAACAUCAUGGUGCUGUGGUCAACUUGGAGAACAUCGGUACUUAAGUCUGUAACAAACCGUUUCAUUAAGAAUUUGGCCUGCUCGGGAAUCUGUGCCAGCCUAGUCUGUGUGCCUUUUGACAUUGCUCUUAGUGCCAGUCCACACUGCUGCUGGUGGAUCUACACGAUGCUCUUCUGCAGAAUUGCCAAGUUCCUGCACAAAGUCUUCUGUUCAGUGACCAUCCUUAGUUUUCCAGCCAUUGCUCUUGACAGGUACUACUCUGUUUUAUACCCUCUGGAAAGAAAAAUAUCUGAUGCAAAAUCCCGAGACCUGGUUAUCUAUAUCUGGGCCCAUGCAAUAGUGGCCAGCAUUCCAGUAUUUGCUGUGACCAAUGUGUCAGAUAUUUAUGCCAUGUCCACCUGUUCUGAAUCUUGGAGUUACUCCCUUGGCCACCUGAUAUAUGUCAUCAUCUAUAACAUCACCACUGUGAUUGUACCAGUGGCUGUGGUAUUUCUCUUUAUGAUUCUUAUUCGCAGAGCACUGAGUGCAAGCCAGAAAAAAAAAGUCAUCAUUGCUGCCUUAAGGACCCCUCAGAACACAAUUUCUAUCCCGUAUGCCUCCCAGCGAGAAGCUGAGCUUCAUGCCAUGCUGCUUUCCAUGGUCAUGAUAUUUAUUUUCUGCAGCGUCCCCUACGCGACUUUGGUGAUUUACCGCACCGUACUCAAUAUUUCAGAUAUUUCAGUCUUCUUGCUCCUCACUGCCAUUUGGUUGCCCAAGGUCUCUUUGCUGGCCAAUCCUCUGUUAUUUUUAACUGUGAACAAAUCUGUACGGAAAUGCUUGGUAGGGACAAUAGUACAGCUGCACCGAAGGUAUAGCAGAAGAAACAUCGUCAGCUCGGGUGGUGUUGCGGAUGCUGAUCUGGAGCCUAGCGUCCGUUCGGGGAGCCAGCUUCUGGAGAUGUUUCAUAUCGGGCAACAGCAGAUCUUCAAGCCAAUGGAAGAUGAGGAGAAUGAGACCAAAUCCAUUGGCUCGGAUGACUUUAAACAGAAAGAACUUCCUACCACCAGUUUAGAGGUAGGAGAGACUUUGGUUCACAAGUUUAUACCGCAGACGAUUGCAGACUCUGCAGCUCAGGUGGCGCCAGCUGUGCCCACUGAAGCUGAUGUGGUAAAUGACAAGUAUUCCAUGCAGUUUGGUUUUGGACCCUUUGAGCUGCCUCCACAGUGGCUUUCAGAAAACCGAAACAGUAAGAAGCGACUCCUGCCUCCUUUGGGGAAUACCCCUGAAGAGCUAAUCCAGACAAAACAGCCCAAGUGUAAAGCAGAAAGAAAAAUCAGCAGAAACAAUAAAGUCAGUAUCUUUCCCAAAGUGGAUUCGUAG